AACCCCAACUAAAUUCGUGACCUCCCAACCAAGAAGACAUUUCCAACUCAUUUUAAUUUUUGCCAUUCAAAAAAGCCCUCCUAGAUUCUGAUUCUUAUCCCUUGUACUGUUAAGUUCACUGCAUCUUUUGUAAGCAAACGGAUAUUAGAAUCUUUGGGACUAGUCCCAGAAAGGGAGAUAGAAAAACCAUGGAAGAAUCCUCAGAUGAGAUUAGAACCCCUCUCAUAUCUAAGGAUGAGAAAGAUGACCCAGUUGCAUCUUCAUCACAAGCUAUGGAACCCAAUUCUAUAUCCGAGGUUAAUGAAGAGCAAGAACCGGAGGAGAAUUCACCAAUCAAACAAGUUGCUCUAACAGUACCAAUCACAGACGACCCAUCACUUCCAGUUCUCACAUUUCGAAUGUGGGUCUUGGGAGCUCUCUCAUGUAUCCUCCUAUCUUUUCUCAACCAGUUCUUUUGGUACCGCACUGAGCCAUUAACAAUCACAGCCAUUUCAGCUCAAAUAGCUGUGGUCCCUCUUGGCCAAUUAAUGGCUGCAAAAAUCACUGACCGUGUAUUCUUCAAAGGAAAACGUUGGGAAUUCACGUUGAAUCCUGGUCCUUUCAAUGUCAAAGAACAUGUUCUUAUUACAAUCUUUGCUAACUCUGGAGCUGGGACUGUGUAUGCCAUUCAUGUUGUUACUGUGGUUAAGGUUUUUUAUAAACAGCACAUCACGUUUUUUGUGUCCCUCCUCGUUAUUAUAACAACUCAGGUGUUGGGGUUCGGAUGGGCUGGGAUAUUCAGGAGGUACCUUGUUGAGCCAGCAGCUAUGUGGUGGCCUGCGAAUUUGGUUCAGGUUUCAUUGUUCAGGGCUCUUCACGAGAAAGAAAAAAGGCCCAAAGGUGGAUUAACAAGAACCCAAUUCUUUUUAAUUGCCUUCAUCUGCAGCUUUGCUUACUAUGUAUUCCCAGGCUACCUCUUUGAAAUGUUAACUUCCCUCUCUUGGAUUUGCUGGAUAUUCCCCACUUCUGUCCUAGCCCAACAGCUUGGUUCUGGUCUUUAUGGGAUUGGAAUUGCCACUGUUGGGCUUGACUGGUCCACUAUCUCUGCCUACCUAGGGAGCCCUCUUGCAAGUCCAUGGUUUGCCACAGCCAAUGUUGCUGCAGGAUUUGUUUUUGUAAUGUACAUUUUGACUCCCAUAUGUUAUUGGCUCAAUGUCUACAAGGCCAAAACCUUCCCUAUAUUUUCUGAUGAUCUUUUCACCUCAACUGGCCAAGUGUACAAUAUUUCAUCCAUCAUUGAUUCUAGUUUCCACCUUGACCUCGCGGCAUAUGAACGUGAAGGGCCACUUUAUCUCAGCACAUUUUUUGCAAUGACUUAUGGUGUUGGUUUUGCUGCACUUACUGCUACAAUUGUACAUGUUGCACUAUUCCAUGGAAGAGAAAUAUGGGAGCAAAGCAAAUCAAGUUUUCAAGAUAAAACAAUGGAUAUACACACCAAACUAAUGAGGAAGUACAAGCAAGUUCCUGAGUGGUGGUUUGUGAUCAUUCUUAUUGGUAACAUUGCCUUGACCAUAUUUGCCUGUGAAUAUUAUAAUGAACAGCUUCAACUGCCUUGGUGGGGUGUUUUACUUGCAUGUGCAAUUGCCAUUUUAUUCACUCUUCCAAUUGGAAUCAUCACUGCCAUUACAAACCAGACACCAGGCUUGAACAUCAUCACUGAGUAUAUAAUUGGGUAUAUCUACCCAGGAUAUCCAGUUGCUAACAUGUGUUUCAAGGUUUAUGGUUACAUAAGUAUGACACAAGCUAUAACCUUUUUACAAGACUUCAAGCUAGGUCACUACAUGAAAAUCCCUCCUAGAACAAUGUUCAUGGCACAGGUUGUUGGAACCCUUAUAGCAUGCUUCGUGUACUUGGGCACAGCAUGGUGGCUAAUGGAAACCAUCCCUGACAUAUGUGAGGACACAUCCUCUGUAUGGACCUGCCCAAGUGAUACUGUGUUUUAUGAUGCAUCUGUUAUAUGGGGUUUGAUCGGUCCUCGUAGAAUUUUUGGAGACUUGGGAACAUACGAGGCAGUAAAUUGGUUCUUCCUAGGCGGAGCAAUUGCUCCUAUUCUUGUGUGGUUGGCAGCUAAAGCCUUUCCUCAACAAGAGUGGAUUAGACUCAUUAACAUGCCAGUCUUGAUAGGUGCCACAGGAUAUAUGCCACCAGCUACUGCAGUCAACUACACUACUUGGAUUAUUGUAGGUUUUCUCUCUGGAUUUGUUGCAUAUAGAUAUAUGCCGAAUUGGUGGCAACGUAACAAUUAUGUUCUUUCUGGGGCACUUGAUGCUGGCCUUGCCUUUAUGGGGGUGCUUUUAUAUUUUUGCUUGGGUUUGGAGGAUGUUAGCCUUAGUUGGUGGGGAAAUGACCUUGAUGGAUGUCCCUUGGCUACUUGCCCAACUGCCAUAGGUGUUGUGGUUGAUGGUUGUCCAGUUGUCUACUAAAAGAGAUGAAAAAGAAACCAAAUUGGUUUACAUGUGUAAUCAAAGUUCCCAGUGGAUCUCUUGGGGGCAAGAAAACUCACUUUUCUUCAAAUUCACUUUGUAUAUAACCCUUCUCCCUCUUUAAGAGUUCUUAUUAAACUGGGAGGCAGUUGGUAAUUGAAAAUCAAAUGUUAUACAAAGGUUAAAGAUUUA